GUAUAUGGCAACAGUUGCGAAACAACUGACAAUCAAGUUGGAACUUCCCACGGUUAAUCACUAUCUGAGCAAAAACAAAGAUUGAACAAAAGUGCCAAAUAGCAAUUCGGGAACUAAACAAAUUACAUUUACAAAAUACCGUUAUUGUAAAAACGUUUCUGAGGCAAACACAAAUUAAUGAUUCUCAAAUAAGCAACCUUACGCAAAUACCCCUGAACAAUUAAUAUCUUACUGGUACAUCCACCAACAGGCGCCAAUAAUUUCUAUAGUGAGUUUAUAACCUGUAAUACAAUAUAAGUAUGGUUUUCCGCUGCUUCAUAUGACUGCGUUGAAACUACUUUACGGCUCCAGGAGAUAAAAUGAAUAACACAUUUUCAGCAUUUACCAAAAUUUCUGAUGUUCCGCGAACGAUUGCAUACAUUUAAAAGGUGAUAUCAAUUAGGCAAAAACAUUGUCAGUUUAUCUGAACGUAUUGAAUAGCUUGACCGAACCUCGCUAAAACAAAUAAAGACAUAGUACUAACGACAAUAAUUACUGUAACAACUGGUAGGGUUAUACUCGUAACAUACCAAGAAUUUUUACUCACAAAGCUACGACUAGAAUGGAAGCAAUGGAAUUAGUAUCUCAUAAAAAGUAAUGUCAAAUGCUAGUUGUGGUAUACAAAAUAUAAUAACCGUGCUCAUCCCGAAUUGUAAUCACCAAAUGAAAACAUGAAGAUUUACAUAAUUUGAUCGUACGAGUUUACAAAUUUUCUAUCAUCCGAAAAGUAAUAUCAGAAACAAUAAUAUUGCUCAAUAGUGGAGACAAAUUUAUAUAAACGCCGCAAGUAAUGGCGAUGGAAUGGAUUACCGCGAUGGACAAACGUCCUUGUGAUCGCAAUUUACGCGAUGCUGAACUGAUAUCCUGUCGUCUGCGACGCGUGGAGCCACUGUGUCGUCUGCCCAGUUCGGCAUUGCAGCAGUUAGCUAUGUGCGGCUUCUAUGAGGAUUUAGAAAAGGGUGUGACAUUAUUUCGUGCUGGUGAACAGGGUCGUUUUUGGUACGCCGUUCUAGGUGGUUCACUUGAAGUUCGUUACCAUGCUUCAGAGACCGAUGCCAAAGCACCAGUAACUUUGUGUAAUCUUAGUGUGGGCGCUACAUUCGGGGAGUCCAUAUUACACGAACUACCAAGAGAUAGCACUGUUGUCACGAAAACCACUUGUGAGUUGCUUCGUGUGGAACAACAAGAUUUUCGACUUAUUUGGGAAAAAAAUAAAGAAUUGAUGAAUGACAUUAUUACAACUUGCAAAUUGAAAAAUGGGUUCGGUUCCGGAGUUUCACCAAUUGCUUCGUCUCCAACUAAGCGUCCUCUAAGUCCAGAUCAUCCGAAUCCGGCUUUACCUAUUUCAGAGUCUCCGAGUUCUACUAUGAGUCGAAUGGGAUGGGCCUUGCGUACACUUCUUAUUGCUGACGGUUCAAGUUGUCUCAAGGAUAGAAAAGUAGCUGGUAAAUUUAUUCGAAAAUGUGCACCAGGAACGGAAUUAGUGGAUUGGCUGUUGAAUUUGUCAUCUAUUGUUCACACUCGAGCCCAAGCUGCUGGCAUGUGGCAAGCGCUGCUUGAAGAAGGGGUGCUAUCCCAUGUGAAUAAAGAGCAACCCUUUAAGGAUAAAUGUUUUUUGUACCGUUUUCGUGUUGACGAAGAUGGCAGUGCUGGCAGCUACUCAACGACCGAGGAUACUAAUGCUGCUAAUGAAUAUGUUCGUGAGUCUCUGAGCACACUUUUCCAACGUGGACCAGAUGCAAUACUGCGAAUGAUUUUACGAAAGCCCUCACACGAACGAACUCCUGAAGAACUUGAACUGAUUUUUGAGGAGCUUUUACACAUAACGGCCCUUUCACAUUUGUCGACAAGUAUAAAACGUGAACUCUCCUCCAUUAUCGUUUUUGAAUCGCAUGCAGAAGCUGGAACAAUACUAUUUAAUCAAGGUGAUGAAGGUCGUUCAUGGUAUAUAUUGCUCAAGGGAUCUGUGGACGUGGUAAUACAUGGGAAAGGUACCGUAGCUACUCUUAAGAAUGGUGAUGAUUUUGGUAAACUCGCAUUAAUAAACGAUGCUCCCAGAGCAGCAACAAUCGUCUUAAAGGAGAAUAAUUGUCAUCUUUUACGCGUUGAUAAGGAACAUUUCAAUCGUAUUCUGCGCGAUGUAGAGGCAAAUACGUUGAGACUUCAAGAACACGGCAAGGAUGUUUUAGUGCUCGAGCGUGUGGCUAAGCAAAGGGGCCAGCAUUCAGCAUUUAAGUAUACGGUAAUGUCGGGAACUCCAUCAAAGAUGUUGGAACAUUUAUUGGAAACACGGCUCGGAAAUCAAGUGAGCGGUUUGGAUCCCUUUUUGGACGAUUUUUUGCUUACACACAUAGUUUUCAUGCCUGUUGUGCAGCUAGUGGAUGAACUGGCCAAUUAUUUUCAUUGCGACUCGAACAAUGGUUCGCAAACCCCAGAGGAUCGGGAAUAUAUAAUUAACUUCAAGAAGCGCGUUGUACAGUUCAUGCAAAAAUGGGUGACGGCCGUGCGGCAUGCAGCAUUCGACGAACCAACUGUCUGUGAUUUUAUUGAGGACUUAGCAACUGAAAUAGAAGCUGAUCAAGAACUGAGUGAAGAAACUAGCAUUAUACAUAAUGUUCUUACACAAAUGACACGUUAUCAGGAGGAUCGUAAUCAAAACACUGGGCAAAAAUGGAAGCUACCACCAAAUGGACAACCCAUAUGUUUAUUUAGCGGAAAUGCUACACCUUCAAAAACUAUUAUUCGUCCCGAUGACGAUAUCAUAUUUCGAGUAUACUGUGCCGAUCACACAUACUGCACUUUAAGAUUUCCACUCCAUACUACCGCCGGGAUAAUAAAAGCCUGUGCUGCCGAUAAACUGCAAUUAAACCGAGGACCUGAAGAUCUAGUACUAAUCGAAGUAAAAUCGAACGGAGAGCGUUCACUCUAUAAAGAUAACGAUGUUAGUAUUCCCACUAGCCUCAGCCUGAAUGGUCGUCUUUUUGUCUCAGUGAAAGAUCACCUGGAUGCAUUGACACCACUCCCUGAACAAGAAGGACCAACUGAAGGCAUAGACAUUGAUUUGGAAAUAUUGAGCACGAAAGAAAUAGCGUACCAAAUGACACUUUUUGAUUGGGAUCUGUUUUGGGCAGUACAUGAGUAUGAACUUCUGUAUCAAACAUUUGGGAGACAUCACUUUGGCAAAAUAACCGCCAAUCUAGAUGUAUUUCUUCGUCGCUUUAAUGAAUUGCAAUUCUGGAUCGCAACGGAAAUAGUAACUACCAGCAGCAUGUGUAAACGUGUUGGAUUAUUAAGAAAGUUCAUCAAAUUAGCUGCCUACUGCAAGGAAUAUCAGAAUCUGAAUGCUUUCUUUGCCAUCACAAUGGGCCUUUCAAAUAUGGCCGUUUUGCGCCUCACGCAAACCUGGGAGAAAAUACCUUCGAAAUUUCGAAAACUCUUCCAGGAAUUCGAAGCUCUCAUCGAUCCCAGUCGCAAUCAUCGUGCGUACCGUGUUUAUGUAGGCAAACUGCAACCGCCAGUAAUACCAUUCAUGCCACUCUUACUGAAAGAUAUGACUUUUGCCCAUGAAGGUAAUAAAACUAGUUUAGAAGGUCUGGUUAAUUUCGAGAAAAUGCAUAUGAUGGCGCAGACUAUGCGCACCAUUCGCUUCUGCCGUUCACGGAGUUUAGGACUGGAGCCACCAUCACCGAAGAGUGAGGGAGAAGUGCGGUCAUACAUUAGUUGCCUCCGCGUAAUUGACAACCAGCGGGUUUUGACAGCUAUGUCACAAAAAAUUGAACCAAUACGCAAAGUAUAAAGUAAAUAGUGUUCUCGACACAACUCUUACAUUACCUGUUAACUCAAAUCCAUAUUUAUUAAAGCUUUUUAUUAAUUAUGCUUUAAAGUAGAAUGCUAAUACAUUACUCUAACAAAUAUAUAAUACAUAAUAAGGAAAUUAUAUGUACAUAUGUACAUAUGUGCAUUUGGUACCUAUUUAAGUGGUGAACUAAAGCUUAAAUGAGUCCCAGUGUUGCAUAUUUAUAAAGGCACUGUCACAAAGUCAAAAUAUACAUACAUACUCAUACAUACACAUACUUGAAUACUUUCGUUUUCAUUUCUUGCAAACAAAUUACAUUUUAUUUACAACAACCCAAUGUAAAUCUUAUGAAAACCCUUUCAAUAUAUCUUAUGUUUAAUGUUUGGUAUAUUUACUUAUAUUUUUUUUGUAUUUUUGGUCGUCCCAUUGAGGUCAUAGUUACAUAAAUUCCAUACCAAUGUUAUGUAAUAUGUAAAUUGGUGUACAAUAAUAACUAAACAUCCUGGAAACUAUGAACCACGAUUUUUGUGCAUUGCAAUACUCAUAAAAAUCGGGGACUGACCGACAGUUGAUUAAUUUAACAUUUUAAUUUUUUCCAGAACUAUUAAUUUAUUUAUAUAACGUCUUAUUUUCGUUAUACAACCAGCGAAAUAAUUAUAAAAGCAGCAAAAUUGUUUUCAUUUUAAAGUUGAAAUAAUUGUUUUAUUUUUAAUCAAAAACAGUAAGUUGGAAAUACAAUAUACAAAAAAGGCAGUUAACAUAUUAACGAUUUUCUGCCAUUUUAAAAAGAUGUGCGCCAUUAUCGUUUAUAACUUCUUCUAGACGUGAGUGUACAACUCUUUAUCUUUUAUAAUAAAUUUUGUAAAAAAAUUUGUUGAAGUAUUUUUCUGAAUAUUUAAAAACAGCGAAUAUCGUUUUGCCGCCCCCAAGAUGUUGCGCCCGAGGCGACGGCCCCCUUCAUAUUCCUUCCAUACAUGAAUAGUAUGUACACUAUUACUAUACCGCGAUGAUCUUCGUUUUAGUUGUGAAAAAAAGGAGAACCUCAAUUUUAUCUGAUAUUCUAAUGUACAUUCGUAUUUGUAUUUGUUACAUUUUGAAAUUUUUCGGCAAUCAUAUCUUCCAAAAUAUCUUUUUUCCAAUUUUCACAAUCUGUAUGUCCUUUCUAAUACCAUUAGAAAUAUAUUAAGUUCCAUAGUGACCGGUUAAGUGGAUUCCGCGUGAAAAUGUCACAAACUUUCACAUUCAUAAUAUUCGUAUGGAUUGUUAUUAAAAUCAAUCAGCAAAUAGGAGAUAGUAUAAUUAUUAAUUGAUUGAUAUCUAUUUCUCCAAUAGCACAUUCAUAGGUGUUUAUCUGUGCCUACUGUCUCUGUGACAAAUCGCGAACAUUAGCUGAAAGGCUUAUAUUAUUUUCGGUAAAUAUUCAUUUCGCUAACGUUUUCAUUUAAAUGGGAAAACAUGAGAGGCAGGUAAAGGUGGACAAAACGCUGAAUGAAUUUCUAUAACUAUUACUUAUGUGUGUGCUCGUAUUUUUUGGCUCUGAUUGAGUUGCAUCAAACACAAAUGCUACCACGAGUUUAAUCAUUAAAUAUUUUCUUUAAGUUUAAAGCUAACAAUUAAAUCUACAAAUGUAUGUACCAAAAUUAAGAAAUUAAAUUGCGCAUUACAAUAAUAUAUUUUAUGAAGAAAUAUUAUUCAUGUAGUAAUAAUGUAAAUAAUCAUAUAAAUAUAUUUAUGUAUUUAUAUAUAUACAUAUAUAUAUAUAUAUAUAUAUACAUUCGUAUAUAUUAAAGACUUUAGCAUAUACUGUAGAGCGAUAUCUUCGUUACUUACAAAUGCGUUAGUUCGUAAUUACAUAAACACCAAAAACUUCAAUAUAUUUAUUGACCCUUAUACACAUACCAGAUGGUACAUAAAAAUGUAUGUUGGAAUUAUUAUUUAAUUAAAAUAUUUACCACCAUUUAUAGCUGUAAGAAAUUUUAUUAAUAUAUGAAAAACUUUAAUAAAUCUACGUAAGCUACUUUUCUUCGAUCUAUUAAAAUCAAAAUAUUAGGGAAUCACAAAAAGUCUGUAGAUUGGUAAGCAAUUGUCACACUUGUAAAUUACAAAGGGAUUAAUAAUUUCAUAUUCUCUUCAAAACAUAUACAAAACCUUUUAUUCUCAAGCAAGUUAUGUUUGUAUUACAUCAGUACUAAGAGUCUUAAGUCUUAGAUCUAUGUACAGAAAACCUUAAAAAGCCAAACACCCAAUGGUUUCUUAAAAAACGAAUUUUGUAUUUAUAAAUAUGUAAAUUUAGAUCAUUUCAGUUUGCAUUGACAAUUCUAAAUGUAUAACACCAAACCGCAACACACACAACAGUGACAAUGAAAAUUUACAUAUAUACAAAAGCCUUUUAUUACUUUAUCUAUAACAAAUUUCAAAUGUCGUCCAUUUACCAUUAAGUACUAUUAACCAAUAAUAAAUGUAUUUACAUAAAAUCAAAUACUUAAUGUCGGUAGACAGUAAGUUUGCUCCAAGAAAGUCGGAUAAUCUCUAGUACCUACAUAUGUAUAUUAUUAUUUAAAAUACAAAUUUACAAUAAGAUUCAAAUUAAGGUAAUUUACUUUUUUCUCGAACAGAGAUUACAAAAAUUGUUAAUUAGCAUCGCUAAUUUUUCUGUAUUUUAUUAAUUUAUUCGUACACGCCUUUAUACAAAAUCUAAACAUUUAUUAAUAACAAUUUAGAGUAAAUUAGCAUUAAAAUAUGACAGUAUAAAGAUAGAUGUUAAUGUGAUUAGAUUUGACAAUCUUAAAGUUACACAAUGAGAUUAGAACUCUACAUUUUACCUGUAAUAAUCACCGAUAAUAUAUACCGUAUAUUGAUGUGUCCCAAAACUAUUGCAACAAAAGCGCAUUCAAAUAUAAUAUAACCAAGUGUAUACAUAAAAACUUAAGCUGACUGUUGUAGACUUAAAAUUAACAUACCUCAACUACGAUCCAAGAGACAUUAAGUACCAAAAUUUUCUUGCAUAUACAUACAUACAUACAUACAUACGUACAUACAUUAGAGAUCCGCACGAGUGGUUCAGGCAAAUAUGAAUAAGAUUACAAGCAUUUUUUUGGAAAUUAUGCAUAUGUUUUCGUUUUAACCGAAAAAACAACUCAUAUAAUCGAAAGAUAACUAUUUCGAUUUGCUGUUAUUGUUGAUGUAGCGGAUUACAUACAUAUGUCCCCUCCAUUUGCGGGAAGCUCAAAUUACAUACAUAAGUCUUUAUUUCGACGGAGUUGAACCAACUGGAGAGGAUGGUUAGAUGAGUUGGCUUCACUUGGCAUGCAAAGAGGUGGUAGGUGUCAUGCCAACAUCUCUCUGCUUACUAGGUUCAGUAUAUAUGUCGGAGCCAGUUUUAAAAAAGUGGGAGGUUAUCCUACUGCAAUAUCCAGAAAGAAAAUGCGCGAACCAAUUCGGUAUGCCCGUAUGGGUAACACAAUAACAUAUAUACAUGGAUAUGCAUGUAUGUACAUGUCGGUAUGUCUUAAUUAAUGAAUUAAAAAAUGUAUAUGACAAUGCACCUGCUGGUCUUUGGUACUCGUACACAUUUGAUUUCCAAAGGCAUUCUCUUUUAACAUAUGAGCAUACUAUGUACACACACAUAAUUAAAGAUUUGUAAUUAUUCCUUUGUUAAAAAUUAAAAAUUUAUUAAAGAUACAUUUAUGUAUAUGUAAUAUUUUAUUAAAAUAUCUCAUAAGUCAACCGGAGGUACACAAAUCAUUAUAUUGAAAAACAAACAAGGUCCAAAAACUAUUAGAGCUACACCCAUCCCCACAAGAACAGUGACAGUCAUCUUGCUGGUAGUUUGACAGUCAAAGCUGAACAAAUUUUGUCAGUGCGCAGAACAAAGUUUCUAUCAUUUUCUUAAGGGCCUUGUGGAAAAACUGAUGAAAACAAUCGUAUAUGUGUAAGUUUGCAUCGCCCAAUACAUGGGUAUUCGUACGUGAUUCUCUAUAUAGUAUACCUAUACUGUUCAAUCUCAUGCCUUUUUCUGAGUCAUUGCUGACUAAUAAUCCAUCAAAGCUAAAAAUUGUCCGUAAUUACUGAAAAGCUGUCAUAGCAGCAACUUGACAAUUAUACCAUAAAUCUAUCACAAGUGAAAAAUUCUUAAUUCUUCAAAGUAUGGAAUUAAACAAUAAAUUAUUAUGAAAAAUAAUUUUGCUGAUCCCUGCGUACGGCUUUCUUCAAUUCUUGGAUAUUUCAGAAUAGAAAAAUGGCUAAAUAAAAAUAAAAAUUUACAAAUAAUAUGUACACGUAUGUUCAUAUUUUUAUUUGAAACUUAUUUAACUAACUUAUUUAAAUUUGAAAAUUCCUCCCUUUCAUAGAAAUGUAUAUUUUGAACACAAAUCUCAAAAGUUUUGGUUUAUGGCAAGGUACAUAUAAAGCUACAUACAUAAGUAGGUAUUUCAAAACUUCUCUAAUCUCCUAAGGAAAUGCGUGCUGCCUCUUUGGCGUACAAAAAACAAGCUUUUGCAAAAACUGUAAACAUUGUAAAAUAGAGUAAAACCCAAUACGCUGCAAUAUUCACACAUAUUGUACAUCAGUGGUCUCUCAUGCCGACCACUGAUAAUGAUGGAACUGCCACAGUGUCAGGGAGCACGAAAAUGAGAACUAUGUAACCUUACAUUUUGCGAAUUUUGCUUAUUCGUUCGGGAAACAAGCAAUUCCUUGCUUUUUUAUUAAUUUUAAAUAUUUUAUGAGAAACAGAAUUAUUUUGGACCUUAAAAACUUUGACUUUAUCGUACUUAAAUAACCUAAACCACAAACUGUAAUUCAAAUAGCAAAAUGCAUUCCUAAUCAGAAAGAAUUUCGUGCAGGGAACAUUUCCCUUAGCGAUACAACCAUACGCGAUUUCGUUUCCUCGCUGUCUCGACAAUGACUGAACCAUUGAGCGUUAGUGUACGUCUGAAGCUAGCUUGUGCAAUAGAAAUGCAGACCACUGUUGUCCAUACAUACAUAUGGGUGUACAUAUGAACCUAUGUACCUACAAAUGUAAACACGUUUCAACCAGAUUCACUGUAAGAAGAAAAACUCCAAUUAACUAUAAGCAACUAAGCAUAACAGAACAAAAA